AACUGGAUUACCAAUGAAAAGGCUAAACAUAAGCCUACAGCACCAAGAAGACCAACAACACGGACACGCAUUCAGACAACGAAACGUGCGCUGUCGGGAUAUAAUGUUUUUAUGAAAGAGUUUUUCCAAAAAACUAAUAUCGAUGAUUAUUUGAAGGAACACACAGACAUUAUCAUCGAAGGCCUUGAAGGGCUCAAAAAGACGAAUCGGAUUGCUGGAUAUGCAUGGCAUAAUCUAAGCGCUAGCGAAAAGGAUCGUUAUAGGGAACGGGCCAAUCAGUUGGCUCAAAAAAUUAAGAUG